UGUGUUUUAUUUGUUGUUGUUGUGGUUGUUGUUGGAAACGUGUGCGUUGCGCGCAACCAGCAAAAGCAGCAGCAAUAGCAGCAACAACCAGCAGAAAAAUCAACAAAAACAACAAGAAUAACAACAGAACAGUUCGCGCCACUUUGAGUUGAGGAGAUCCAUCCAUCCAUCCAUGCAAAAUGUCUAGUCCUGACGAUAGAAUACCAAUACGCGAUCUGCCACCGGAGGUCGGAAACGAUGAGCGUUUGUUGCACAUAACGCCAGGCACUUUAUCGCUGGACCCAAAACCGCAUCAAGUUGACAUUGAUCAGCAGAUCCUGGAGGUAAACACAUACACAUAUGUUCUAAAAAAGAGCCAGGAGCUGCAGAAGCAGCGUCUGUUUAACUCAUAUCAGGAGCAGACGAAGCAAAUGGAACUGGAGCAUAAAAUGCAAUUGGAGCACAAAUAUCAUUUUGCGGUGCAUUCACAUGGCGCUUUCCAGGAAUUGCGGGAACAGAGCAUGAUCACGGCGGCAGCAGUUGUCGAGGAACAGCAUCGCCAGCAGCAGCAGCAACAACAGCAGCAGCAGCAGCAGCAGCAGCAGCAACAACAACAACAGCAUCACCACCACCACCAGCAGCAACAACAGCAACAACAACAACAACAGCAGCAGCAGCGGGAGAGACGCGAGCGGGAAGUGAUGAAACGCAAAGAGAAUUGCAGCGCCAAUGCGAGUCCCGAAGUCAAACAGAUACUCAGUAGCUUUCUUAUGAGCCGCAAGUCACAGGCAGUGGCACCGAAUGGCACAACAACAACAUCGCCAUAUCGCAAUCGCGGCGUGGUAAAGAGCUCCUCGGGUGAAUCAUUGCCAGCGGGCACGGUGACCAGCGCGCAUCCCUAUAAAAUACCACAGCCGCCAGCCUCACUACUCAAAUAUGAAUCUGAUUUUCCGCUGAGGAAGACGGCAUCGGAGCCCAACCUGCUGAAGAUCCGCCUCAAGCAGAGCGUCAUCGAGCGCAAAGCUCGCAUCGGUGGGCCGGCGGGGGCGCGGCGACACGAACGCCUGCUGCAAGCUGCCCAGCGUCGACAUCAAAAGAACUCGGUUCUCACAAAUUGCAACAGCACACCGGACUCGGGGCCCAAUUCGCCGCCAUCGUCGACAACGUUGUCGGUGGGCGUGGUUGGCAGCAGAGGGUCACCGACCAGCGCACCCAUCCAGGAGGAGAACGAGGAGGGUAGCCAAUAUCAGCCCGGCCAGCGGAGCAACAUCAACGAUCUGCCCCUGUUCAGUUCACCAUCCCUGCCAAAUAUAUCCCUUGGCCGUCCACAUUUAAGCAAUGCGGCCCAGGCUGGCCAGGCCAAUUUUGUUAUGUUUGCGGCACUGCGUCAGCAUGUGGCGGCGACAGCUGCCGGUGCCGGCGGUCCAUCGCCCGUUAACGUUGGUGUUGGCGUCGGCGUUGCCGGGACACCGCCCACCUACUACAAUCCGCUCGCGAUGCCAUUUGGCCGACAGCCAGCGCCAUCGCUAUCAAUGAUGCCGGCAACUGGGAUUGCGCCACAGCCAUCGCCAGUUGUGCGUUCUGCAUCGGCCACAUCGACGUCCUCGUCGCAGGCAUCGCUGGUGGGGGAUACGGCGCCGCCGCAGGCACAUGCUGCCUCCACAAUUCUGCCCUCGUCUUCGUCCUAUAUGCAGCUAAGUGGUGUCGGUGGUGCCAACGCUGUUAAUCUCCAUGCGGCCGCUGUGGCUGUUGCCGCCGCUGCCGCUGCAGCUGCCGCUGGCACAUUGCCGCCCACCAACAGUCACGCCCAUGCCCUGUACGGCCAUCAGCAGCAGCAUAAUGCACAUCCGCAUCCCCCGCACACGCAUCCACACAGCCAUGGACAUGGCCAUGGUCAUGGUCACGGUGGUGGUGGUCCUGGUGGUCCUGGUGCUGGUGCUGGUGGUGUUCCUGGUGCUGGCCAUGUGCCCAUUACGGACGCCCAGGUGGCCCAGGUGCAUCUACACAAACAGGGCCAUCGACCGCUGGGACGCACCCAGUCGGCACCGUUGCCACUGGGACAUCCGAUGCUAACCGGCGCCGGCCAGCUGAAUGUGGUGCAAACGCACUACGAGAAUAGCGAGGCGGAACGUCAGGCGUACGAGCAUCAGGUGCUCACCCAGAAGCUGCGACAGAAGGUGCUGACGCGCAGCGAUGCCGCCGCUGCUGUUGUGGCCGCCAUACGGGAGCCGCAGCUGCGCGAGGAGGAUGAUGAUGAUAAUGCUGCUGUCGUGAUGGAUCUCACCGACAAGAAGAAGCCGCCCAAAACGGUGCUGACCAACACAAUUGCGACGAGCACCUCACAGAAUCUGCCCGAAGCACUGGCAGCUGCCUCGUAUCGAGCGGCAGCUGUUGCUGCUGCCGCCGCCGCCGCUGCUUCAACAGCGUCAGCGGUGGGCAGCAAGUCGAGCAAGCAACGGGAUCAGGAGUAUCUGCAACAGCAGCGGGAACUGCUCUUUCUGCAGCAGGAGGAGGAGCUGACCAAGGGCCUGAUGCGUCCGCUAUCGCGCACAUUGAGCAGCCCGCUGGUGCCGGGCCAUGGCCUCAGCCAGAUACCCGAUACGGGACAGCAUCCGACACCGAUUGCCACAUCCUCAUCGGCCGAUCACAUACCGCCCGUCAAUCUAACUCUGCCCCACAAGCGUCAGUUGCUGGGCAACGCUUAUGCCGCCCAAUUGCGUCAACAGCAACAACAGCAGCAGCAGCAGCAGCAACAACAACAACAACAGUCUGCGCUGCUGGAGAGUAGCGGUCCAGUGGGAGCGCACAAGAAGAUCACAACGGGACUGGCAUACGAUCCGCUGAUGCUGAAGCAUGCCUGCAUUUGCGGUGACAACGCAUCGCAUCCGGAGCACAGCGGACGGCUGCAGAGCGUCUGGGCGCGUUUGAAUGAAACGGAUCUGGUGAAGCGAUGCGAUCGAUUGCGUGCCCGCAAGGCCACACAGGAGGAGCUGCAGACGGUGCAUACGGAGGCGCAUUCAAUGUUAUUUGGCUCCAAUCAGGGCCAGUUGACGCGACCCAAACUGGAGAGCACACUCUCCGCGAGCUUUGUGCGCUUGGCAUGCGGCGGCUUGGGUGUCGAUCUGGAUACCACAUGGAAUGAGCAUCAUACGGCGACCGCUGCCCGUAUGGCAGCCGGCUGUGUUAUCGAUUUGGCCUUUAAAACGGCCAGAGGUGAUCUGCGCAACGGUUUCGCCGUCGUCCGUCCGCCCGGCCACCAUGCGGAGGCCAAUCUGGCCAUGGGCUUCUGUUUUUUCAAUUCGAUCGCCAUUGCCGCCAAGCUGUUGCGCCAGCGUGUGCCCGAUAUGAAGCGCAUCCUCAUCGUUGAUUGGGAUGUGCAUCAUGGCAAUGGCACACAGCAAGCAUUCUACCAAAGUCCCGACAUUCUAUAUCUUUCCAUACAUCGACACGAUGAUGGCAACUUCUUUCCCGGCACGGGCGGCCCCACCGAGUGCGGCGCCGGUGCUGGCAUCGGCUAUAAUGUGAAUAUCUCCUGGUCGGGCGCAUUGAAUCCACCGCUGGGCGAUGCCGAAUAUAUCGCUGCAUUCCGUACCGUUGUGAUGCCCAUUGCCAAGUGCUUUAAUCCGGAUAUUGUGCUUGUCUCGUCGGGCUUUGAUGCGGCCACCGGCCAUCCAGCGCCACUUGGCGGCUAUCAUGUAUCCCCGGCAUGCUUUGGCCUGAUGACACGCGAACUCCUCCAGCUGGCCAAUGGCAAGGUGGUGCUGGCCCUCGAAGGUGGCUACGAUCUGACAGCAAUUUGUGAUUCGGCGCAAGAGUGUGUGCGCGCCCUGCUCGGUGAUCCGGCGGCACCAAUUGCCCAAGGCGAAUUGGAGCGACCGCCCUGUCAGAAUGCCAUCAAUACGCUGCAGAAGACGAUUGCCAUACAGCAAACGCAUUGGCCCUGUGUCCGGCUGCUGGAGCACACCGUCUGCCUGUCUGCACUGGAUGCGCUCAAGAUUGAGCACGAUGAAUCUGAAACGGUCAAUGCAAUGGCUGGCCUCUCAAUGCAGACGUUGCACAGAACACUUUCGCGUGAUGAUUCCGAGGAGCCCAUGGAUCAGGAUGAAACCAAAUAGACGCACGCGUCGUCGUCGUUGCCGCCUGCUCAACGCACUCUAGUUAUUGUUGUAGUUACAAAUUAUUGUUGUUUAUUGUUUUUGAUGUCCAUUUGUUGUCGCUGUCGUUGUUGUCGUUGUUGUUGUUGUCGUCGCCGUCGUCGUUGUUGCUGUUGUUGUAGUUGUCGUUGUCAUCAUCAUCAUCAUCAUCACGGGAAAAUUCAAAGUCAGUUCCUCGUCUAUCGGUCAACUCCCUCGCACACGCUAUCUAUCUCUGUCACUCUCUUAACACACGCACACACAUACACAUUACACACACAUACACAGCUGAUCAUGCUGCCCCGUCCCGCCGCAACAAACACACCAACACACACCAACACGCACAAGAAACACAAGAAAACAUAAACAACAAAAUGAAGCAGAACCAUCGAACGAGGAGGACGAGGUCCGAGGUCAGAGGUCAGAUGUCAGAGGUCAGAGGCAAAGCCAGAGUAAGAAGAAAGGCCUAAAGUUCAAAACGUGGCUGUGCCACUAAAAAACAAAAACAAAAA